AGGACCGAACCGCAGAACCAAAGAACGUGCAGACUGCUGUUUCUGGUCGCGUACGCACAUUAUCACAAUGACUUCAUGGUCUGACUCAGCAGUAGCGUCGCAUCUCCGCCGAAGCGGCAUGUAAAAACGUUGAGAAAGGGAAAAGUAUAGGGGAUUACAAUUGAGAAAUACGAUUAUACUAACGAUAAAGCGCUAUAGGUAUACGCGAACAAAGACAGGAUUCCAUUGAUAAGUGCGUUAUAAAUAGCUUAUUCCCUGGGUAAGCAUAUUUUCAGCCGUGACCGCAAUGGCUAAACCAUGUCGGACAGAGGAGAUUCCGUCCCUGGAAUGUGCUGCAUCGAGUCUAGAAUAUGAAGCAUCACUGGCGCCCGACACUGGAGACCUGAGGAUGGUACUGCUGGGAAAGACGGGCGCUGGAAGAAGCUCCUCAGGGAACACCAUCCUGGGGAGGCAGGCAUUCCGGGUGGACAUCUCUCCAUGUUCUGUCACCCGUGAGUGUGAGAGGCAGAGCGGAUCAGUGUCUGGGAAGAACCUCUGCGUGGUGGACACCCCAGGAUUCUUUGACACAAACCUGUCUUCUCAGGAGGUGACAGCUGAGGUGAGCCGAUGCGUGGCAUUGUCUGCUCCUGGCCCCCAUGCCUUUCUGGUGACCCUUCAGCCUGGCAGGUUUACUCAAGAGGAGCGGGGUGUCCUGGAAUGGGUCAAGGCGACUUUUGGACCGGGAGCACUCAGAUAUACAGUUGUGCUGUUCUCCUGGGGUGAUCAACUUCAGGGAAAAAGCAUGGAAAAAUUCCUGAGUGAGUGCCAGGAGCUACAGGAGUUUGUGAGCAGCUGUCAGGGAGGCUACCAUGUCUUAGACAACAGCAGCAAGACGACAGAUUGUACUCAGGUCUCAGAACUCCUGGAAAAGGUAUACAAGAUGGUACUGCAGAAUGGAGGGGGAUGUUACUCCAACAAGAUGUAUCAGGAGGCUGAGAGAGCAAUCCAAGAGUUUCAGGAGAGCAUUCUGGGAGAAAGAAGGAUGUGCCUAAUGAGACAGGAGGAGGGUAGAAUGAAGACCGGGUCAGAAACCCGGGGACCGGAGGCGGUGAAACUGAUGAGGAUGGAUGAGGAGGAAAGAAGAAGAGAGGAAGAAGCAGCCAGGAAGAAGGCUGAGAAGCUUUUCUGGUGUGAGUUGGUGUCUGCCCUGGGGAAGGGGGCAGCUGAGGGCGCCGGAGUUACCAGCAAAGACAAGGGGAAACCAGUGAAGAAGGUCAAGGCAAUCGAGAGGGCAGCUGUUCUGGCCACCACACCGUUGUCAAUUACAUCAGCUGCCAAAGUGGUGGGAGGUGCCGUGAGAGAGGGAAGUAAAGUGCUCUACAAGCACCGUAAAACGCUCCUACAUUGACUCCUACAAGUGGAGGCUUUUAAUAUGCACCAUUAUUCUCUGUGUGCCACUGGACUGUCAGGUGGAAAUAACCAAAGUAUAUUUGUUUCUGUCUGAAGUGCAAGUGAGCUUUACACACUUUAUUAUCACCAAACAGUGUUUUUUAUCAUUACUGUCACAAUUAUGUUAUAAGAGCGCAAAUGCACUUUCCUCCAUUGUGGUUUAUAAAAGGGUAGGUAGCAUUGGCUUUACCGAAUGUGACAUGUGGACUUGCAUUUGUGUACACAUCAAAAGUCCCAAUGCAAAUUGACACCUUAUUUAUUAAUAUAUUAUUAUUCCUCUCUGGAAUGAAUUCUCAACUGAACAAGUUGGCAGUCAAGUUCACAUCCAAAAUCCCCCCCCUAAAACUUAAGCUCUGGUCGAGAUCUGUGAGGAUAUGAUUAGUAUAAGAAACAUGGUAAAAAUUCCAAUCAUUAGUCAAGGUGGCGUUAUUACAGUAUUAUUAUACCAAUGUACUGUUUUUAAUUGGCAAGAAGGGGUUUCUAGAAUGCAAAUGAAUUCCUGAUAUAAAGCUGGAUUUUUCCGGGACAGAUAUACUGUACACCUAGUCACGAUGUAAAAGGCCACAAAACCAAUACAUUUAGAAAGAGAAGAAUACCAAAGUUUAUGGAAGCUUGCAUAGGGUGUAGGGCUUGUUUUGGGAUUAGGCCAACAAGAAGGCUCCAGAUAUGUGGAGAUCAAACAUCUAUGCAGUUCCAUUACAUAGUACAAAAACAUGGCUACAACUAAGUCAUGAACCACACUGCAUUGUUAUUUUAGUGAGUACAAACUCAUGCUACCAACCUUUCAAGCUAUUAAUACAUGACAAAGGGUGUUUGAAAGAAUUCAUAGAAUGCAAUUACAGUGUUGUUCCACUGUAAGUGAAUUGUAACCAAUAUCCUUAGGAGAAGCUUCAGCCAAGAUUGUUGAGGAAGUUAUUUAUACAGGCCAUCAUACUGCCACAUGCAUAAACAGGCCUCCAAAACAAAAUCAAGACAGAAGUUGAGUGCAGUGAAUUUUUGAACGACAUGUAUCCCUAGGUUUUGAGUGGUGCGUGUAUAUGUACUGUAUCACAAUAUGUAUGACAUCCCAGUGAGACACCACAGUGAGUGAACCGCGGUUCACCAGUGUUCUAGCGGUGUCUUCUGAAUAUACAAGUCACAUCGCUCCCACACUUCCCAUUCUUAGAAGUAAAACCAUACCAGUGAGGGGGGGUCCCCUUGUUUGUAGUUGUAGGUUUUGCUGACAAUAGGCCUAGCCCAAGAAGAGUCUGAGAGUUAACUUGCCCAUUGGGAAAAAUGCAACUGCGUAAAUAAUAUAAUGCUGGUUUGACUGAAAAUGAUAACUUGCAAAAAAAAUUGGUGAAUCAGUAAAGAUGCCUUUUAUUGACAAAACAGAAGAAGACAAAUUAUUAAGAUUUUUUUGUAUUAAAAUAUUGAUCAUUACAACAUGGGCAAUACAUGUAUUUGGCACAGAUGUUGAAAUGUAGUUCAUAGUAAAAUACUUUGUAAGUACUUUUCCAUUUUGUUCAAGCAUUAAUCUGUUUCUGCCAAUGUAAUCCUGGUCCAAAUUUUUACUCAAUAAAUGUUAUAUAAAUACUAAAUGAGUUAUCAAAUACAACGUAUGUUUGGGUUAUACUGUAACAUCACAAAGUUGUGGAAUUGUUUUGCCACCUUACACUCAAUAGUGAGUUUACAACAUCUCUCACAGUUUCAAAUGUUGUCACCUCAGCAUGUAAUCUAAAAAGGAUUACAAUCUAUUUAUUUUCCCGACAGAUCUGUACAACAUAAUCUACAUUUUUUAAACUGAGUUGGAAAAGAGUCCAAAUAAUUAGGGGAAACAAAAUUAGGACCUCUUGAUUGCAUAUGUCAUUAUUACUUCAGUUGGAAGCACCUUUGACAGCCAACAGCUGUGAAUCCUUUGAAAUAAUGGUCUAACAAUUUUUCACAACAUACUAUAUCCAUAGUUGUUGCCAAAAUUGCACAAACUAAAUAGAUUUGUUUGGGAAUCAUUGAUGGCUAAAAAUAUAAAUAAUGUCCAAAAAUGUAUCAUGAAAGCUUACAUUUGAAAUUAGUUAUUGGGUCA